UAUGACCCCCCUCUCCUUCCUUUCGGGCUGAUCGCGAAGUACGCUUCUGGGCAUUACUAGGGCGGCCCUCCGCCUCUCUUUCCCCCAUCCCCAUCGGUUGCUGUUCUUGCAGGAGGAGGCUGGCUGGAGGGUGGGUGCGCCUGGCGCCCCUGAGAUGGGCCCGGAAGAAGGGCCGUAGCGCUCUGCUGCUGAGCGGAUCCGCGCCCCCUCUCCCAUAUUUUGGCCUUAAAGAUGGCUUUUGUUGACGGUCGUUUUAUCCGAGGGCGCGCGGAUGAAGGUGGGAGAAAGAACCUUGAUAAUUUAGCCCCGAUGCAGCCGAGCAGGAGACGCAAAAUCGUGUGGGACGGCUUCGCUGGGAGCUCACCUGCGAAAUUCAGCAAGCUCACCGAAGAGCCGGCCCAGCCGCCUCGCGGGAGUCCCGGCGGUAGCCAGGCGGCCGGGUUUGGGAAGCCUCGCGUCUUCUCCCCGGCGUUUUCGUGCAGGGAGUUCUCCCGAACUUCGUUCGCUGCCGAGGAUUCUUCCUCUGAUGAAUUUGAAGCAGAUGGUGACAUCAGCGGUGGUGGGCAAGAGCCUCCUGUCCUCAGCAAAACCUUCCUCACAAAGCCCUCUGCUUCGGAUAUGUCGGCGAAAAAUGUGGCGUUUUCCAACCGGGAAUCCCUGAAGAUCAAGCAAGAAGAUUGCAGUGAUGCAAGAAUAAAUAUUGCAGCAGUCCCUGAAAGAAAAAGUGCUUUGAAAGAAAAGUGGGCUGAAUGCGGCCGGAAAAGAAUAAAAGGCCAAGAUCCAGAUGAGGGAUCUCGAUUAAUAUAUCGUAAAGCUCUGCUGAGUAUAUUUGGGGGACAAUUGCAAGCCCGAAGAAAAUCUUCAUCUCUAAAUGGAAUUCAUAAGGAAAGCCCUUCUAAAGAAGAGGAACUCGGCUCAGUUAACAACCGGAGACAAUUUUCGGUAGUAUCAGAAAUUAGAGAGCAACAAGCUGGAAACAAAUCUCUUUGUUUGAAAACUGCACCUAAGGAACGUAUUAAUAUUUCUGUUAAGCAAGGCAAUAAAGAAUCAUGUUGGUCAGAUGGCAGUUCAAGGCAUGUAUCUCUAAUGUCAAGUUCAGAAGAAAAAGAACAAGAAUCCAACAUUCAGAAGGAUUCUUUGAAUUCAGAAAGCUCUGUAGAAUUGCAAUUUGAAAAAAAAUCGGAACUUCAAGAGGACUCCAACUUCAAAAAAGCUACUACAAAAAAAGAAAAUAAAACUUUGCAGUACAGUACAAAAGAGAUUUCUAAACCAGGAACUGGAUUAAUACAAAUCUCUACAGUAUCGAGAUCAGAGCAUGAAACAGAUUUUCAACCAGAUCUCAACAUUGAGAAAGCUGUUACAAAAACAGAUAAUAAAACUGAUCAUAGUGUUAAAGUUUCCAAACCAAGGCAUAGUUCAAAACAUAGACAUAAACGAUCAAAAUCUGAAUAUGAAUUGGAAGUUCAACAGGCUUCCAGCUUUAAGAAGGCUGUUAAAGAAACAGAAGAAGAAAGUUCUAAGUAUAGUAUAAGAGAACAUGCCAAACCUUUGGUUAGGUCAAAGCAAAGUCAUCGAUUAUCAAGACUUGAGGAUGAACUUGAUGUGCAAGAAGAUUCCAAUAUUGAAAAAGCUUCUACAAAAAGAGAAAAUAAAACUAAGUGUGAUACAAGAGAACUUUCCAAACCGGUAGUUACCUCCAAAUAUGUUCACAUAGAAUCAAGUUAUGAAGAUGAAGUAGAAUUUUAUCAGGGAUCAGAUGACUCACAGGUUUCAGUAAAAGAAAAAAUAGAAGUUGGGCAAAGUAAAACGAAGAAAGAAAAUUUCCAUUCACAGCAGAAAUUUAAAAUCAAGUCUAGCUGUUCACAAAUUGGAGAGCAAAAAGAUGAGCAAGUCUCUUAUAAACAGCUUAGUAAAACCUCUGAUGGGAAUAUUUUUGCUAGCCAAGGUAAAACAAAAAAAUGGAAAUCAGAAACUCACUUGAGAAGCAUAGCUGAAAAUUCAAAAUGUGAAGCUGAAGAGACCAAGCAGAACAGCAAUAAUCAGAAAGCUCUUAUAAAAGGUAUCAGUGCUUCUGCAAAACAUAAAAACAUAACAAAAGACAAAUGUAUUUCUUCCACUUCAUCUAAUGCACAAAGUGAUGCCUCAGAGAAGUUUGUGAAUUUGCAGACAAGUGUUACUGUUGAAUCCUCUCAAGAAUUAAUGUUUAUGGAUGAUUCAGAAACAGAUCAAAAGUGUAUGGAGUUCAAGAAAGAGCUUUCAGGUGAAAAUAAUUGGUCCGACACGGAAGAUGGAGAACCACUGGUUACUUUUUCACAAGAAGAUUCCAUCUCUAACCACAGUCUUUCAGAACCAAAGGAAAUGUCAUUGUCAACAACAGAAGUUGUGAUGUAUCCUCCUCAUUUAUACAGUCAGAAAAUGAGUGUUUAUUCAAAAUACUGGACAAGCAGUCCAAAGUCAACACAUACUUUUUCAAGCCCCACUGAAAACCUUUCAUAUUCCAAUCAUCUCUGUGAUAUUUCUUUAGAAAGAUCAAUAAAUACAACGAAGGAUAAAAAAUCUUCAGAAAGUAUGCAAGAGAGAGAGUGGUCAUAUGGUUCCUUAUUGGACUAUAAAGAGAAAAAAAGACGCCACAAUGUGGAAAUAGCAUAUGUCCCCAUCUUCUCUUCAUCACGCAAGUCAGACUCUUUUACUAAUAAUUGUGUAAACCAGGAUUUAUCUAGGAGCUUGCCCAAAUAUUUAGAAGAAGGUUUUAUUGAUACGCACUGUCAUUUGGACAUGUUAUAUUCAAAAACAGGUUUCAGAGGCACUUUUUUUGAAUAUAGGAAAAUGUAUAGUAGUACUUUUCCUAAAGAAUUUCAGGGCUGUAUAGCUGACUUUUGUGACCCUCGUACUUUAAAAAACAACUUGUGGGAAGAUUUAUUAAAAGAAGACAUGGUUUGGGGGGCAUUUGGCUGCCAUCCACAUUUUGCUCGUUAUUACACAGAACUUCAUGAAAGAACUCUCUUGCAGGCAAUGAGACACCCCAAAGCAAUUGCCUUUGGCGAAAUAGGACUGGAUUACUCUCAUAAAUGUAGUACAGAAAUUUCAGAGCAGCAUAAGGUUUUUGAGAGGCAACUGAAUCUAGCUGUUUCCUUAAAGAAGCCAUUGGUCAUACACUGCAGAGAUGCUGAUGGUGAUCUGUUAGAAAUCAUGAAAAAAUGUGUACCAAAAGACUACAAAAUACACAGGCAUUGCUUCACUGGCAGGUAUAGUGUCAUUGAACCACUUUUAGACUACUUUCCAAAUCUAACUGUUGGAUUCACCGCAUUGCUAUCUUACCCAUCAGCAAAUGAGGCUAGAGAAUCUGCUCGAAAAAUCCCAUUAAAUAGAAUAGUGGUAGAAACAGAUGCACCAUAUUUCCUUCCUCGGCAGGUGCCAAAAAGUGUUAGCCGGUUUUCUCAUCCUGGAGUAGCUCUGCACACAGUGAAAGAGAUUGCCUAUCUCAAAGGGGUGUCAUUACCUGUCAUGUUAGCUGUUCUAAGGCAAAACACCAACAAAAUUUAUAACUUGUAAGAAGGUGCAAAGAGAAGAGGGAAGAACUGGAGAGGAAAUGCUUUUGUAAAGUUGAUUUGAUCCUUUUAAAUUUAUUUUAUAAAUGUAAAUAUAGAUCUGAACUUGGAAUACCCUUUAAUAUCUUUUUUUAAUUCCUUCAAUUCUGUUACUUGUUCCUGCUCUUUAAUGUGCCUCGGUGUUGAUUUUAAUUCUAAGAGCUUUGGUUUUUUAGUUGUUAAUCUUUGGGGGCACAAACUGUCAGUAUUUUAAUUUUUCAAAAAGAAAACAAAAACAAACCUAAAGUGCUCUUAAAAUUAUUAAGCUAAAUUGAAGUAUUUCUUCUGAGCAGCAUAAUCACCUACAAUAAUGGCCAAAAUUGUGGAAACCUUUUGGGAAAAGUGUAUUUUUGAAAUUUGAUGGCUAAUAACACCACUUUUUUGGGAGUAGUAUCAUAAAAUUAUAUAUCAAUGGAAAGAUAAUUUAAUCAAGAAUGUAAUGCAAUAACUUUUAUGAAGGAUUUGCUAUUAAAAUAGCAGUUAUAAAGAAGAAAAGUGACACACAUAGGAAAAACGAAUAUACAAAAAUCAUCAGAAAAAAUGAGAUAUACAAAAAUUAUCACCAUAGAAAAAAAUGAAAUAUACAAAAAUUAUCACCAUAUCAGUUAAUACUUAGUUGGGUAACCUUUAGCAUGAAUUACAGCCUAACAACAUCUUCCCAUGGAGUGAACCAAGUGUUUUAGUUCUGCAGCUGUUAUAAUGUGAAACCAAGAUUGAAUGAUUGCUUCUAUUAACUGGGUUUUAUUACUUGGUUGCUUUUGACUAACAAGUUUCUUUAGUCGGCUCCAUAGAUUUUCAAUUGGGUUAAGAUCUGAGCUAUUCCCAGGCCAUUCCAGCAGUGCAAUAUAAUUAUCUUGAAACAACCUUUUGCAUACAGCAGCAACAUGACAUGGAGCUGAAUCCUAUUGAAAUAUAAAUGCUUCAUUAUCUUGGAAAAGAUCGUGUGUGGAAGGCUUCAGUUUGGGUCAAGUAUUGCAUUAAUGUAUUUUUGACCAUUUAUACUGUAUAAUACCAUUAAUCACACAAAUUCUGCCCACACCUUUUGAUGUCAUACAACCCCAGACCAUAAAACUGACUGGGUGUUUCAAAGUACAUGUAAUGCAAUCAGGAUGCAAAUCUUCUCUGAUUCUUCUCCUUAUAUAUUUUAUGCCAUCACUACCAAACAGGGAGAUCUUGGUCUCAUCACUCCAAAUAACAUUAUCCCAUUGUUCCUGUCUAGGUAACAUGGGUUUUAGCCCAGUUUAGUCUUUUCAACUUUUAUUUGUGAGAUAAAAGUGGCUUUUUCAUGGAAUUCUAGAUUUUAGGCCAAAUUCUUGCAGUCUGUGCCAAACAGUCCUUGCAUUCAACUUCACAUUGAAUUGCAUCUUGUAUACACCCAGAUGAUUUUCUUCUGUCACUUAGGCACAGUCUCUUAAUUCUUCUAUUAUCACUUGCUAUUGUGCACCUUUUCCUGCCUUUACCAGUGUGGUUUUGUAGUGACUGAGUCUCCUUAUACCUCUUCAAAAAUUUAGAAAUGCCACCUUUGGUUAAGUUUCCACCAUUUUUUCUUUUAAUUUUUUACAACUGUAGCCUUGUUCACUUAAUAAUAGUAUUUUACAUUGCUUUCUAGGCAACUAGUCAACUCUUUGCACCAUUACUUUAAUUUUAUUACAUUUAUUAUGUUAUUACGCUCACUAAAUGAAAGAACACAAAAAACCCGACCAACUUGAUAAUGAUCUCAUAAAUACACUGACAAAUGUCCUCCUUUUAGCUUCAAUACAUGACAUCAAUAACUGAACCCUACUGUGAUCUGAUUGGUUCAUUGCCAAAACAAGAUGAUACCUGAUUGGCUCUCUAAACACUCAUGCUCUUUGGCUACAAUCAGAUGAAGGAGAACUACCUGAUACUAACCUAAGCAAGUUGUUUAUUUGGCUAUAACUUUUCACAGAACACAGAUAAUUGAACAGACUUCGUUGCAUUACAUUCUUGAUUAAAUUAUCUUUCCAUUAAUAUAUAAUUUUAUGGUACUAUU